AUGUCACAUAGACGUGAGUUCAAGACGAGAGUUCCACAUGCACAUGCUUAUGGCAGACUAUUGUUUGUCCAUGUAGCCCCCAUCGCUUCUCAGCUCACCAUCUAUGGAAGCGGGUCAAAUAUUGCGGCAGGUUGCGCGCCGAGACUUGGGCUAUCCUGCAAGGCAUUCUGGGUAUUGCUCAAAGACUUUCUGUGGAACAUGCAUACCUAUUGCCCAGACCACCUCAUCGAGUCCCUUUUCGUUGAUUCUCGCUCGGACCUAAGUGGCUCGCCGUUCGGAUGGAAGCGGGUGGCACCGGGCGCAUGCUCGCCGCAAUUCAACGGACUCAACGCCCAUAGAGCUGAGCAAAAAAAAAAAAAGGCUGCGAAAUCCCUCGAGAGCUCCCCGUCGACUUUCUCAUCCCUCUCACUUCGACGUCCAAUUCUCGUCGUUGGCCAUCGUCAACCCCACCACCCCGAGGUCACGUCUUGUCCAUCCACGACAUUUUUCUCCUCGUCUCCUCAUUAUCCAGAUUCUCUUGGGAUAACUAGCUUCUUUCGCGUUGCGACCUCACGCCUGGCGUCCUCUGCCAGAGCUGCCUCCCUCCGCACCUCCCCCAUCUCUCAAUUCGUUAGCCGGCCUGCUGCUUUCACCAUCCAGUCACGGACAUAUGCCGACGCAAAGGGAACCAAGGACUACACUGUCCGAGAGGCCCUCAACGAGGCCCUCGCCGAGGAGCUUGAGGCCAAUGACAAGGUCUUCGUUCUGGGUGAGGAGGUCGCUCAGUACAACGGCGCAUAUAAGGUCACAAAGGGUCUUCUGGACCGGUUCGGCGAUAAGCGUGUCAUUGAUACACCCAUCACCGAGAGCGGUUUCUGUGGUCUCGCCGUUGGCGCUGCCCUCAGCGGACUGCACCCUGUGUGCGAGUUCAUGACCUUCAACUUCGCCAUGCAAGCCAUCGAUCAGAUCGUCAACUCCGCCGCUAAGACCCUCUACAUGUCCGGUGGCAUCCAGCCCUGUAACAUCACUUUCCGCGGCCCCAAUGGCUUCGCCUCUGGUGUUGCUGCGCAGCACUCUCAGGACUACUCAGCCUGGUACGGCAGCAUUCCUGGUCUGAAGGUCGUCUCCCCUUGGAGUGCCGAGGACGCCAAGGGUCUGCUCAAGGCGGCCAUCCGCGAUCCCAACCCCGUCGUCGUUCUCGAGAACGAGCUCAUGUAUGGCCAGACUUUCCCCAUGUCGGAGGCUGCCCAGAAGGAUGACUUCGUUAUUCCCUUCGGCAAGGCCAAGAUCGAGCGCUCCGGCAAGGACUUGACCAUUGUCACGCUCUCCCGAUGCGUCGGCCAGGCUCUGGUUGCUGCUGAGAACUUGAAGAAGAACUACGGCGUCGAUGUCGAGGUUAUCAACCUGCGCUCCGUCAAGCCCUUGGACGUCGAGACCAUUGUUCAGUCUGUCAAGAAGACCCACCGCCUGCUUUCCGUUGAGUCUGGAUUCCCUGCCUACGGUGUCGGCUCAGAAAUCCUGGCUGUGACGAUGGAGUACGCCUUUGACUACCUUGAUGCGCCCGCCCAGAGGGUCACUGGUGCCGACGUCCCUACCCCUUACGCGGCCGGCCUGGAAGAGAUGGCUUUCCCUACUGAGCAGAUCAUUGAGAACUACGUCGCCAAGAUGCUGCGUCUGCCUGGGCAAGCUGCCUCUUUGUGGCUUCCGAGGUGGAAGCUGAUCUAUAAUGGCCCUUGGAGCUCGAUAGACUUGGGGAAGAAGCUUGUACUUCCCUUCGCCAUUACGGAGUUCAACGUUGUCAUGGCUGGGGCAGCCGAUGAUACCAUCUAUGUGCGCCAUCUAUGGCCUGAAGCUAUUCAUGCGGCCACCCCGCACAGCGUCAUCAGUGACCACUGCAGUCUCGCCUAUGGGCUAAGAGCCAAUCUCAUCGUCUCAUCUCAUCUGGCGUUCGUCUCGGCUCAUUCUUUCGACAACGUUACGCAGCCCCCGCCGCUGAUCGUCGUCAAGAUGGCUUCCGACCUGGCUACGGCCAUUCAAGGUCUCCAUCUCGAGGACCUUCCCGACUCCAACAUUGAUGACAUCUUAUUUCAGCAACGGCCCAGCAAGCGCAUCAAGCAAGAUACUUCAGAGCUGAAGACGAGUCUGGAGACUGACUUUCUCAUGCCAUGCAUGAAAUUCUCACCUGAAUGGCUCAAUGGCCUGCAGCAGCGCUGGGAUUGCCCCGUGGAUUAUACGGAACUUUUCAAGAUUGGCAAUCCUCAAACCAGGACUGUGACUCGCUUUGAACGGCACGGUCUUGAGGGCAGAGUGAGUGGCUACCGAAACGUUACCGUGCCUGCCAACAGCGCUACCGCCAAGAAUUCGACCUCAUUUCUUCGCAAGCCCGCCAAUAGGGCUGAUUUCGUCCGUGGAGCUGCCGGAUUUUUCCCCUUCGCACCUGGUGGUCUUGAUGGAAUCGAGGCAACCGCCGCACUCGAGGACCAGGUUCACCGGUCUGGAGGCGGAGAGGCUACAGCUGCAUCAAAUAACAAGCUGGAGCGGGUUAUUAAGCUUGGUACCGAGUGCGGGCUACUUGAGAUUGCGCCUGGACUGAGUAGAGGAUUCAAUUUCGAUCAAAAGAAGCCAGAUGAGGACGAAGCCAGGGCGAUUGAGCAAGAGCUGGGCCAAGAACCAGAACAACCCCCAGGGACCGACGAAGCAGACGGCGAAGCGCAGACAAAUGGCGAUAAGCUGAAUGAGAUUGAGUCCGAGGACGAAGAAGAUAGCGAGGAUAUCGACGCUAUUCUGCCUGUCGAGUUCCCCGCUCUCGAACCUCAUGGUGCCUUGGCCGCAUCGAGUGCAAGGAAGGCCGGCCGAGAGUGGGCUCACAUGGUUGAUAUUAACAGAGACAUCACCAACUUCAGAGAAUUGGUGCCCGAUAUGGCAAGAGAUUGGCCCUUUGAGCUCGAUAUUUUCCAGAAGGAAGCCAUUUAUCAUCUCGAGAGCGGUGAUUCUGUCUUCGUCGCCGCACACACAUCAGCCGGUAAAACCGUUGUUGCCGAAUACGCCAUUGCCCUCGCAACGAAGCACAUGACCAAGGCUAUAUAUACGUCCCCAAUCAAGGCCCUGAGCAACCAGAAGUUCCGAGAUUUCCGUCAAACAUUCGACGAGGUCGGCAUCCUGACGGGUGACGUUCAAAUCAACCCGGAGGCCAGUUGCCUGAUUAUGACAACGGAGAUUCUAAGAAGCAUGCUCUACCGUGGAGCCGAUCUCAUCCGAGACGUCGAGUUCGUCAUUUUUGACGAGGUACACUACGUCAACGAUUUUGAGCGCGGCGUCGUUUGGGAAGAAGUCAUCAUCAUGCUUCCCGAACAUGUAACACUCAUCCUUCUCUCGGCAACGGUUCCCAAUACUUAUGAGUUUGCCUCCUGGGUUGGACGCACUAAGCAAAAGGAUAUCUACGUCAUCUCAACACCAAAGCGACCUAUCCCAUUGGAACACUACUUGUGGGCUGGCAAGAACAUCCACAAAAUCGUUGACUCCGACAAGAAAUUCAUCGAGAAGGGUUGGAAGGAGGCCAAUUCGGCGAUUCAGGGCAAAGAGAGGACCAAGGCCCCCGAGCCCGUUAACGCGCCCCGCGGCGGUGGUGGUCAGAGAGGUGGCCAGAGAGGAGGAUCCCAGCGCGGCGGGCAGCGAGGGGGUCAGCGUGGCGGCGGUCCUCAGCAAAGAGGCCGUGGUGGAGCGCCGCGCGCUAAUCACAACCCGGGUCACAUGGGACGAACAGGUCGUCAGGGUGGGUUUACCUCUGCAGCCCAAGACAAGAACCUCUGGGUUCAUCUGGUUCAGUUCCUCAAGAAGUCGAACCUUCUGCCUUCUUGCAUAUUUGUCUUCUCAAAGAAGCGGUGCGAGGAAAAUGCCGAUGCACUCAGUAACCAGGACUUCUGCACAGCGACUGAGAAGAGUGCCAUUCACAUGACUAUCGAGAAGUCCGUUGCCAGACUUAAGCCCGAGGAUCGGGCUCUGCCACAGAUUAUCAGACUCCGUGAGCUUCUGUCCCGAGGUAUUGCGGUUCAUCAUGGAGGGCUGUUGCCAAUCGUCAAAGAGAUUGUCGAGAUACUCUUUGCCCAAACACUUGUCAAGGUACUUUUCGCCACGGAGACUUUCGCCAUGGGACUCAAUCUACCGACUAGAACAGUCGUUUUCUCCGGAUACCGUAAACACGACGGCCAUUCCUUCAGAAAUCUGCUUCCUGGCGAAUAUACACAGAUGGCUGGCCGAGCAGGUCGCCGUGGCUUGGACACAGUCGGCUCGGUUAUCGUCGUUCCGCCGGGCGGGGACGAAGCUCCUCCCGUUGCCGACCUUCAGAAAAUGAUUCUAGGAGAGCCGUCGAAGCUCAGAUCCCAGUUUCGUCUCACUUACAACAUGAUUCUUAACCUACUCCGAGUCGAGGCUCUCAAGAUUGAAGAGAUGAUCAAGCGUAGCUUCUCGGAACAUGCUACCCAGCAGCUGCUACCUGAGCAUGAGAAAGCAGUUAAGAUUUCGGAGGCCGACUUAGCCAAGAUCAAACGAGACUCAUGUAGCGUAUGCGACGUGUCUAUGGACGAGUGCCACCAAGCGUCAGAGGACUACAAGCAACUCACCGGGGAAGUUUACAAGUCUCUCAUGGGUAUUCCCAUCGGUCGCAAGAUGUUCAGCCAGGCCCGCUUGAUCGUUUACAACAGGGACGGUAUUCGCACACCCGGCAUCUUGCUGUCGGACGGCGCAAGUGACAAGGGGCAAGGUGGACCUACUUUACAUGUUUGCGAGAUCAGGCUCAUGAGGGAGACCCGUGAUUCGACAGACCUUCUGCCGUUCAUCCCGGCCUUCCGCAAGUACUUGACACCGCUACCGCAGGCGAAGAAGCACAUGCGGAUUAAGACCCUGCAGGUCCCUCUGAGUGAUGUUGAAUGUUUGACGAGGUACGUCACCAAGGGCAUUGUGCCAGAAAUUUUCCAGGGCGGGGAGAAGUACGCAAAGGCAAAGGACAGACUCCAUGCGCUGUGCCGGUCGUGGGAUGAUCUUUGGGACGAGAUGGACCUCUCCAAGAUAAAGAACCUCUCAUUUCAAGAGGUGAUGAAGAAGAGAAAGGAUGCAGAAGGCGUUGCCUCAUCCUCGCCUGCUCUUUCUUGCCCUCAAUUCUUGAAGCAUUUUGCCAUGUGCCAUGAUCAGUGGCUUAUCAAGGAACACAUCUCUCAGCUCCGGCAAUCCCUCUCAGACCAAAACCUACAACUUCUGCCAGACUACGAACAGCGCAUCCAAGUGCUUAAACAGCUCCAAUUCAUUGACGAAAGCGCCAGGAUACUGCUGAAGGGAAAGGUUGCCUGCGAAAUUCACUCGGGCGAUGAACUCGUUUUGACAGAGUUGAUCUUGGACAAUGUGCUCGCCGACUAUGAACCAGCCGAAAUCGCUGCCUUGCUUUCGGCGUUUGUUUUCCAGGAAAAGACGGACACACAACCAAAUCUUACGGGCAACCUCGAGCGUGGCAAAGAUACCAUCAUUGCUAUCAGCGAGAAGGUCAACGAAGUCCAGACGCUGCACCAAGUUAUACAGUCUGCAGAUGAUUCGAAUGACUUUAUUUCUCGGCCUCGCUUCGGUCUGAUGGAAGUUGUUUACGAAUGGGCGCGAGGUAUGAGCUUCAAGAACAUUACUGAUCUGACCGAUGUCCUGGAAGGAACUAUUGUGCGGACUAUCACGCGUCUGGACGAGACAUGUCGUGAGGUCAAGAACGCCGCUCGCAUCAUUGGAGACCCGGAAUUAUACCAGAAGAUGCAGACAGCUCAAGAGAUGAUCAAGCGCGAUAUCACGGCAGUUGCCAGUCUGUAUAUGUAG